AUGGAGCAAAGCACUGUUGCUAAAGGAAAGCCAAGAAUCUAUUGCAUUAUCGCUGAUCACACAGGCUCCAUUUCUGCUACUAUAUAUCAAGGAGAUGAUGAUUCUAAAUUCAAAAAAGGAUCAAGUCUGUUGUUGGUAAAUGCAUUGGUUAAAGACACUUUCUUAGCAAUCACAAGUCAAACUGAUGUUGGAAUAUGUGGAUCCAUUGAAGUUCCUCCUCACAUAGUUGAAACAGCACCAAAACUCUUUCAACCAAACAAGCUUCAGGAAAUGACCAUUAAGGAUGCAUUGGAUUCUCCAGACAAAACCAUGGUUGCUGUUAAAGGCAAGAUCCUCAAUGUAUCACCAGCUGACACUAGAAGGAAUGCAGGUGGAAAUGUUCCAUAUCAGGAAUUGACCUUGAAAAAUGGCACAGGCGCGAGCACAGUCGCGGUUUGGAAUGAUCUGGUGGAAAAGUUGACAAUAUAUGCUUCCAAAUCCUUGAACUCCUUUCCAAUAUUGGCUAUGGUACACCUUGCUUCUGUAAGAGGAAUAGUGAAGUGUUUUACUAGCAGGUUCAGUUCAGCAGUGGCAUACGUUGCCAUUUCAUCCAUGUUCCUUGGAUAUUAUAUGGCAUACAAGGCAUACAUUCAAACAUUACUAAAGUAUGGAAAAUACACCAAAACAUCCCAGUUGACAACACAGUUAUGGAAUAAAGAUACUGAUGGAGAGAUGGACGAUGUAGACGAGUGUGGUGCUAGGUAUGCACAGCAUGGAAACUAG